GUUUCUACCGAUUGCAACAGCGUAUUUGUGUGGAUUCAGCAGCUACUGCGAAACUGACAAAAAAGAUGGAAAGCCCUUUUUGUUUAUACCACAAAGAUAAAGACAGUUUUAGCAGAAUACAAAAAGAGCUUCAGAAGUCUGGAUGGAUACCAAGAACAUGUGCUCAUAGACUUGCUAUGGCUGUAUGUUCCUGUAGGAAAAACAAACAACCAAUGCCAAGCAGAGAUGAAUUUCUUGACAGUCAGGCAAAACUGGAGGAACAGGUAGAUCCACUUAGAGCGUACCUUCCAAAGCAUUUACUUACAUGCUUAGACGACUGUAUGAACUCGGCUACUGAAACAGACUACAGUUACUGCCAGUUUAUUUCUAUACUGGUUAAAGCCAAACUUGGAGACUUCAGUAUGCUUUCAAGAGCUGUUCUUUCAACAAAUUCUAAAAUCUCAGAAAGAGAUUUGCAGAGAGAAAUCAGUCGUAAAAAGAAGUUAACUCCACAUCAGAUAGAAAUCAUCAAAAACAAAAGGAAAAGAAAGAUGAAUUCAGUUCUUAUAAAACUACCUGUAUUUCCAGGAAAUUUUACAAAACUGCAGCUAGACUUUGUCAAGGAGAGCAAAGGGUACUUAGAGCCUCAGUAUAAUUUAAACAAUCAAAAUUUUGAAAGUAAAAAAAUUGAAACUUGGGUCAAAGUUUGGGGAGACCCUACAAACAUGAAAACAUUGUCUGAACGUCUGACUGAAGAAGCGAGGGCUGUGCAGAAGCGCAUGGAUAGUGAAUGGAGGGAGAGAAGAACUCGUAAUGCAGAGAGAAGAAGAUACUUGGCUAGUGUUUAUGAUGAUGAUGAUGAUGAAGAGGAGUAUGAAAAUACAGUUAUGUCGGGAAAUGUGAAGGAACAUUUGACUGAUGAUUUUAGUCUGAAAGUUCAGAAAAGUGCUAAAAACAAAACUAAAACAGUACUAGCUAAGGCUCAGACAUCAGUGUUGCAGGGUGGUCACUGUCUUCAAUGCUACAAACCAUUCACUGACCUUCAUGAUGGUACAUCGUGCACCUUUCAUGAAGGAUUCAUAGUUUCACAGGAAUUAUCAAAUAAACGUAUAUGGUCCUGUUGUUCUGACGUAGUGAAUGAAGACAUGGAUGCUUACACUGUGCAUAGCACAACUGGAUGCAGUACAAGUCCAGUUCACAACUGGCGUACACACGCUAAGUCUAAAGGCAAAGACCGAGAGAACCAGUUCUACAACAGCCAUAAAUAUCAUUAAAUUCUACACAGCAUAAUUAUACAGAUGUUGUGUAAGACCAAGUACAAUGUGCAUAAUUUAACUUCAGAUUUGAUUAUUUCAAAAAUAUAUGUUGUACUUAUUCUGAAACUGGAUGAAUGUUUCCUAGAGUGAUCGUUAUAACCGGCACAGACAACACAGUGUGAACUGAUACGUACUAGGAGUUGUCACUAACCAGACUUGUUGCAACAACUGAAGAUGUGAAUGAUUUUAUUAUGUAUAUUUGUGUGGCCUCACAUUAAAAAGGACUUCAUAAAUGACAUAUGUUUUGUGAUGAUGUUUGAAAUUUUGUAUUUCAAUAAAAGCAUUCAUUUUGGGGUAA